AUGAAUUACACCGACAACAUGGCAUCAACACAGCAAGAGACUAUCCUUAUUUUGGAUUUUGGUUCGCAAUACACGCAGCUGAUUGCCCGGCGCGUCCGAGAGCAGAACGUCUAUUGCGAAAUUCAUCCAUAUACGCUAAGACUGCCCGAAAUAGAAGCCAUCGCCCCGAAGGGGAUCAUUCUCAGUGGCGGACCCGCAAGCGUUUAUGAAGUGGACGCCCCGAAAAUCGAUGCGAAACUCUUUGACAUUGGGAUACCUGUAUUAGGCAUCUGCUACGGCAUGCAACUCAUGGCAGCACUAUUAGCGGGCGGGAAGGUACACCCAGCCACUGAGCGGGAAUACGGACACGCACCACUUCAAGUGCUCAGUAAAACAGAUCCGCUUUUUGAAGGACUCUCCUCCUGCUUUUCUGCUUGGAUGAGCCACGGUGAUCGGAUUGAGGCAGCCCCGAUCGGUUUCCAAACAAUUGCACAGACGGAGAACGCACCUAUCGCCGCUAUGGUGGAUACCGAGCGCGCGUUUUACGGUUUACAAUUCCACCCGGAGGUCGAGCAUACACAAGAUGCUGACCGGAUUUUGGCGAACUUCACGAGGGAGAUAUGUGGAUGCCGCAACACUUGGACGAUGCGUGCUUUCAUCGCACGCGCGACAGCACAAAUACAGGAACAGAUCGGUGGUGAACGCGUCCUCUGUGCAGUCAGCGGCGGCAUCGAUUCAAUGGUGCUGGCGACGCUACUCCAUCAGGCGAUAGGCGACGCACUCGUAUCUGUCUUUGUGGAUAAUGGGCUCCUCCGGAAAAACGAAGUCGCCGAGGUCAUUGAAACUUGCAAACAGAUCGGCAUUCCCCUUGUUGCUGUUGAUGCAGUAAAGCCGUUUCUCGAUGGAUUGGCAGGGGUCAUAGACCCGGAGCAGAAGCGAAAGGUCAUCGGGGCACAGUUCAUUGAAACCUUCAAGGGAUCGGUGGCAGAGAUGGCGCAUAACUUUCGCUUUCUUGCACAAGGAACACUCUAUCCUGAUGUCAUAGAAAGCGUUUCUGUGAAGGGACCAUCUGCUACGAUUAAGACGCACCAUAACGUUGGCGGGCUGCCAUCCGAUAUGCCGUUUGAAUUGCUUGAACCGUUCAGGGAACUUUUUAAGGAUGAGGUGCGGGCAGUCGGGGCAGAACUAAAUGUUCCAUCACAUGUCCUUGGACGACACCCGUUUCCUGGACCUGGACUCGCUGUCCGAAUUUUAGGUGAGGUAACCUAUGAACGUUUGGAAGUACUCCGAGCAGCGGAUGCGAUUUUUAUCUCUGAGAUUAAAGCGGCAGGCUUGUACGACGAGAUUUGGCAGGCGUUGGCUGUGCUUUUACCUGUCAAGAGUGUCGGGGUGAUGGGAGAUGCGCGUACUUACGAAAACGCCGUCGCACUCCGGGCUGUCACCAGCAGCGAUGCGAUGACAGCGGAUUGGGCACGCAUACCGCCGGAUGUGCUCGCGAGAAUCUCGAAUAGGAUCAUCAAUGAGGUGCAAGGCAUCAACCGCGUCGUUUACGAUAUUAGUUCAAAACCGCCAAGCACCAUUGAGUGGGAAUAG